AUGUCACCCCCAAGCGGCACCUGCGCCAACUGCUCCAAACCCACACACCUACAAUGUGCUGCCUGCAAAGAUGCCCCCGAGCACACCCCCGGCGAUGCAAGCAGGACCUUCUACUGCUCCAGAGACUGCCAGAAGGCCCACAGACCUGCCCACAAAGAUCAUUGUAAGACGAUGCUUCAUCGGAAGAAACUCCUUCGCACGGCUAUCAUCCUCAAGGCGGCAUUCUUGGGCUACAGGGAAAUUGAAUUCGAUGUCGAACUGUCCAAAAUCGAGCAGCGGGGUAGAUUUCUGUAUCUCUCCGACAACCAAAAGAAUCUGAACAUCCCUCCAAAGCGCGGCCCCUUUCCCGAACAUUUGACUACCAACCCAGAGCAUCGAGAGGCGGCCCUUACAUGGUUUCAAUGCCUCGCUGCAUGUUGCCUCUCGAGCCGUUUGAUGAAGAAGCUUUUAGCGGGCAUCCCCUGUGAGAUUGACCUGCUAGCGCUCCAGAUUGGAAAGCGUCGUUUCACAACACAAGUCAUUCCUGGCCCCGAUUCGCCCAACGUCCCAAGCCUUGAUGCCACAACCACGCCCCACGUCGUCUUUAGGGUCAAUGUUAGACUGUCAUCAGGUGAUGGAAUGUGGAUAGUGGACCUUACUGGCGCUCAGUACAGCUUUAAGGGCGUCCUUUUUUCAUACGACCAGUACAUGAGAGAGAAACGAUGCCGGCUAGAGGACACAGACCCAUGCCCUCUGAACGAGACAUGGGAUCUGGACGUCGUGUCGACGAUGAUGAACAGUAUCCAGCAAGAUAUUAUGCAUGCGGAGCGUCCGUCCCGUUUGCAUUUCGCUGAUCUUGUGGGUAUUGUUGGCAAGGAGGUACUGGAUGGGUCGCCUGACGAGUUCAAGGAUAAAUUGGUAUGGUUCCGAACUACACUGAAGCUGCAUAUGUUGAGCAGAUAUAAGCAUGCUUGA